AUGUGGACAAAUGGGAUGAUAGACGUUACGAACCGGAAUCUAUCAGCUGUAGCCGAUGUCAGAGAUGAAAACAAUGAUGUCCAAGAUUUUGAUUGGUUUGGCCAGGAUCCUUGUGCACCCCUUCCUCCUGAUGAUGGACUGUCAACUGUAGAGGUCAAUGAAAUUCAGGUUGACCUACCUGAAGAAAUAAUCCAGGUGUUGUAUCAGGAAGUCAACCCACUCUUGGAAUCUGCAACGUUUGGCAUUGAUUGCUAUCAAGUAGCUUUGGAUCUUGUUGAAAACAUGCUUUCCCCUUAAUUACCCAUGGUAUACUUUUGAAGCUAUAAACUUAGGCCCAUGGAGCAUUUCACUGAUGAAAGCAAGCAGCCAUUUUGGACUGCUGGAAAAAAGUUCAAAUAAAAAUAGAGUUAAAUUCCCAACAUACCAAUAUAUAUGUUCAAUGUUGUAACACUAAUAUGGCUAUUGUGAUAUCAUGUGAAAGUACUCUAUUAAUUUCUUUGAAAUAAGUAAUCCCAUAAGUUAAAAAAUGAAUUGUAGGUUGAUUGGGCUCUGGUUGCCUGGUUAACAACGUCCAUUUCAUUCAUUUUCAAAUGAUUUACAGCUUUGUUUUCCUUAUAAUAUUAAUAUGGUUACAAAUUAUAUAAAGGUUGGACAUGUGUGCUCUUUGGGAUUUAGAGUCCCAUUGAUUUUAUGGAGGCAACGAGAGUGACAAAAAUUAGUUCAUUCUAGUUUUUGUAACCAAUAGAGCACAAGUGACCAUCUUUUACUGUCUUAGGAAAUGGUCAAGAUCAAAUAGUUUAAACUACAAUUACUUUGGGUUUUUUUCUUUCACAUUCACCAGAGGGGCAACUCUAUUCUUGUUUAAACUUUCAGUGAUAAUAUUUAAUUCUUUAGUGACUCUAUAAAUAGGGUCCACUGCACUAUGACAAAUGAAAAGAAAGGCUCUUUGCAAUUGAGUUUCCCAGUCUUGAUGAAUUGAAACACUGCGAGAUUGGCUUGAGAGGAUACAACCAUUCUCUAAGUGUAGGGAUGUGCCGGAUACUGUUUUGCCGGAUACCGGAUAGUAUCGGAUAGUAGUCUACCGGAUACUGGUCAGGAGAAAAUGAUGACCGGAUACCGGAUAAUAACCAGAUACUCCCAUACAAUAAUUUAUUACAAACACAACAUUUUUAUAGCUUAAUUAACUAGUCCAAUGUGGCAAUGUGUUUAAUACACAUUUUUUGUCUCAUUGACAUAUUUGUCUUUACCAAGGCCAUAUCUUAAGGCCAUAUCUUGAUUCACCUUACAUUGUUUACUGGUAUUCAGUAUAUAAAAUUCACUGCUGUUGGCGAACGAGCAGUCCACAUCACCAUCACAAAAAAAAUAUAUCGUAAUUUCAUCGUAAUGCAGCGCACGCUCAGUAAUUAUUCGUGUUUCACAAUUUGUAAAUGCCAAGUAAACUUUUCCGUUUCAUGGUUGUAAAAAAAAUCUUACAGUACUAUCUGGUAAAUUUAUACCGGAUACUGCCGGAUGUCUAAAUUUUACCGGAUACCGGUAUCCGGAUACUGCACAUCCCUAUAAUGCAGAAACCCUCGCCUUACGGACCAUUAUAUUUUCCCAACAUGAAGUAGUGAAAGUAGUUGUUAUGGUAACACGAUAAUUGUAUUAAGAAUAGUUUAAAAUUGAAAAAUCCGCACAAAAUAUCACUUUUAAUUACAAAAUUAUCAAUUUCCCAAACAUAUAUAUGCUAUGUAUGUUAUUAUACGUAAUAUAUACUUUGAUUUAAUGUAAAAUUCAACCACAAACGCUUCACAAAUUAAAACGUUUUAAAAUGUUCCUAAAACCAUUAAACUAAACUGUCUUUUAUUGAUAAACAUUGAGUUUGAAAAAAACUGAUUUUAAAUUCUCGCAUGAAAAUAACUUUGCUUUCCUAUUUAUUUAAAUUUUAAUAUAAUAAAAAAGGAUAAUUAAUAAAAAUAAAUACACUGAAAUUAUAUGCUGUCUUUUUUCACUAUAUAUAUAUAUAUAUAUAUAUAUAUAUAGCUUAAGUUUCUUGUUUACGAAACACAAACCGUGCUCAAUACCAUAUAGAUAGAGUAAUAUAGUUUUUCGUUUUACCUAAAAAAAACACAACAGUCUAUUUCGUCCGUAUAGGAAUCAUCAGGUGAAUCAUUUUCGAAGUUACUCACCACCUGAUGAUUCCUAUAUGGAUGAAACAGACUGUUGUGUAAAUAGCCGGUCGGAAUUAGUACCCUUCCCCCGGGCUUACGCCCGGAACGGCGCUCCGCACCGUUGGCCUCGGGAAAUAUUUUGGUCAUUUCUUUAAUUUCCUUUUACAGUAUCUCCACUUUCACUUCCGAUGAAAAUGAUCAGAAAGCAAGAAAUCCAUUUAAAGAGUGAGUGAUGGCUUGCUUUACUUACUGUAGGUAAUAAACGUAAUAUGGGGUUGAUCUCCACAUUAAUUUUGCUGGGUUACUGCAGAAAAUAGCAGUUCAUGUCACAACACAUCAGUGGACUGUAGUUGGAAAAGGUGAGAUCCUUAUUGAAUAUUUCUCCCCUUGACAGCUUGAGUAAUAACAAAGUCAACAUAAGAUAUAAAAUUUUUAAUGAUAGAAGAACGAAUUAAUACAGAACAAGACGCCUGCUCAGGCGUUCACACUGGCCUGAAAAUAACGAGAUACGUGCUAUGGUGCAAAAGGCAGGAAUACAAAUCUUAAACCGCAAGCAAAUUUUAUGGACUUUUUUUAAAAAAUAAAAGACCUUUUCGGGAGACGUUAAUGGUGCAAGUCAAUUACUAGGAGUUACUAUCGCAAGGAAAGUGCUGCCUUUUUGGCUUAUGAACUGAAUGCAAUUAUGCAAAAAUUUAUACUUCUACACAAUUCUUGGUUAUAUCCCCAAUGUUUCCUUCUCGUUCAUCAUUUAAGCCCGUUCACAAACUCAUUCUUAAAUUGCGUGCACGGAAUACAAGUAAAUAGCCAACAUGAAAAUGAAGCCAUUGGGUCAAAAGUGGAUAUUAAGGUCUAUUACCUAUUAGCUGCCAAUGCACACUACUUUAGUAUUAACUCUGGCUAACGCCAGACCAAUUUACACUGUAAUGCCAGACGAUUUUACUUGUUAGUGGCAGAGUACUGUCAGUAAAUGGGUUAACAAACACAUCUGCCAAUGUCUCUUAUUAACCCAUUAACAGGCAAUGCACCCUGCUUUAGUAUUCUUUAGUGACUCUUCAGAAUUUGCUCAGAGUCAAUGUGAGUAAAAUACAUCUUGUAUUCAAGCGCUUUCAUAUACAAAGUUUCGUUUGAAUGCGGCACAGAGUAGGAAUAUUUAUUUAGAAUUUUUCAGAAUAUCGGGUUUUUACUCGCACGCACGUUUAUAGCUCGAUCAAUGCACGUGCAAAUCAUGCCGACCUACAGAAUCGAUUUUCGGUUUUUCCUAAACAACGCGUUGUUUUGAUGUGCGUUCCAUGGGCCGCGCUAAAAAUAUAAAUAUUCUGUAAAUACCGAAAUAAAAGAUGAAAAUCUCAAGACACAAGCUUGAACAUAACACUAUAAAUAGUGUUUUCGAUUCUGGUUCCAAUAAUAUCAUUACGAAAAAGAUAUGUCCAAAGGGGCCGAAGUUAUGUUCGGCAAAAUGUAUGGCUAGUACGUUUACAUUGUUUGUUAUAUUAUGAAAUAUGAUACCAUACUUGUAUUAAAAUUCGCGUCGAACUAAUGUUAUUGUAUUAGGCAAAUGAGUAGACUUGCCACAAGUCGACCUCGAACGAAAUGCGUUUCUUCGAGGUCGACUUGUGGCAAGUCUAGCAAAUGAGAACCAUACAAUAAUGGUUCUAGUUCUUGUUGGUAUUUUAAACGCACGCUUUAUCUUUAGUAUAGCUACCACAAAGCUUUUCGCGCGGAUUAUAUUUCGCGCAGUACUAAAAUUUCCGCACCCAGCGGCCAUAGCCUGUGAGAAUUUACGGCUGUACACAGGCUAAGCGGCCAGCGCUACGCUAAUUCUCUUAAUUCUAGUACUGCGCGGAUUUUAAUACAUGUAUUUAAAGGUAUAUUGUCGACAUUUGACUAAAACUAUCGUAAGUAAUUCGGAGAGUUUGUCCUUGUUUAUAUUCCAAUAUAUUGUAUAAAUUCGCUGGGUACAAAUUUAUGAAAUUUUGGGGUUUUCGAGUCGUUUAAUUUAAUACAAAAAGAAAAACAUUAAUUCAACAGGCAAGAAAGUCCAGAGUGCGAUGCAAAAAUUAACACAAGUACACAACGGAUGUUAUGAGUCCACGACGUAUAUUUAUAGUUGUUUAUUAAAAAGUCAAACUGUCAAACCUUUAACUUGUCCUUGUUUAAAUAUCCUUCUAUAUAUUGUAUAAAUUCGCUGGGUCUAAAUUUUCGAGUCGUUACACAAAGAAAAACACAUUAAUUCAACACGCAAGAAAGUCCAGAGUACGACACAACGUAAAAUCCAUAGGAAACUGGCACAAUUCUUUGAAAAUUCAACGAAACUGUGUAAAAUAUAGUUUGAUCACUGUGAAAAGCCGCCAUUGGAGUUCGGAAUUGUGCGCGUGCGUACAAGUGUAUGGGCUAAUAAACGAAAAAUGCACCACAAGCAUGGCAUGAGUCGGCUAUUACGUACAUAAAUACGGACUUAUUACUAUACUAUGUAAAUCAUGGAACCGAGGGGAUCGAUGGCAUUUUGGCUUAGUCGUUGCACCCUGAGCCUGCGAUGAGCUAACGCAAACUCGAUUUCUCGACUACGAAAAAAACAGGAAAACACAGAAAAAGACAGAAAAAGAGGGAUUUAAGACACUUGGCCUACAGGCCAGUGUAAUAACUUGCAUGUCAUAACUAUUUUAAUUAGCGCACGUAAAUUGUCAGGUAACUCCGUAAUCUUCAUCUUUUUCAUUACUUUAGGCAGAAAACUAUUUAUUUUGAGAACGAUAAAGGGACGCCAUACCUAUACAAAGGCAAAGAACAGCUUACAUUUGAUACUGCUAUCACGAUCCUUCUCUUAGAUGUGGAUACAAGUAAAAUUUGCACCAAGCGACCCAACGGAAUUGAGGAGAAUGCAUGUUUUGUUAUCGAUCGUUCGAGGCUGCGAAAUCAAGAGGAUUGGCUUAUCACGGACAUAGGCACGUUUGAAAAUCACAGAGGUAGUGCAAGGCUGUAUAAGACCGAGGACGGUGAAAUAAAGUACAGUGCCAAAAUUAAAGGGAGAGAAAAGAACACAGCAAAGCUAGGAAGGGAUGAAUAUUUAGUCAAAAGAGUAUAUUACAGGCACAAAAAAUAUACAGAUUUCUCAAGAAUCACAACAACAAUUACAGACCACACUGGCUGUGAGUUGCAACUAGGCUUAGUCGAAUAUCGUUUUCAAGAUCAAGAGCAUCAUGUUAGCCCGCAUAAAAAUCCCCGUAGUGGUAAAUCUUUCGUACCCGUCGCACCAUAUACUAGAAAAUCUAUAUUGGAAAAAGCUAAAGGACACAAAGGUCCAACAACAAUCUUUGACGAAGAAGUGGAGGCAUCAGGGGGAAUAUUCAAAUGUGACGUCAUGGCGGAUAUGCCGUGA